GUGAACUUCUUUAAGGUCCGCUGUAAAAGAGAGAUGAUGGUAUCUUUAUAGUCGGCUACAAACAGUUGACAUAAACUAAAUCAGGUUACAUCUAGGAAGCAUUUGAAUUCUACCUAAUGUUACAACUAUGCAGUCUUUAGAUGACCACCUUGCACAUGGGAAUGCCUUUGUGAUUUGCUAAAUUCUAGAAGCUUUAUUUUGCCUACUUUUUUUUGGUCAGUAAAAAUACGGGUUAGCAUCAAUUUGAAAAAUUCCUUAUUAGAAAACAUCCCUAUUUGCAUUGUCCCGUUAGGAUGAAAAUCUUGAAAGCAUGUUAGAAUUCAUGAAUGCUGAAACCCUGGGAAGAAUACCUAAUUUACUGGAUCAUGAAAUCCACACGAUGGCUCACACCUGUAAUCCCAGCACUUUGGGAGGCUGAGAAGGGUGGAUCACCUGAGGUCAGGAGUUUGAGACCAGCCUGGCCAACAUGGUGAAACCCCGUCUCUACUAAAAAUACAAAAAUUAUCUAGGCAUGAUGGCACAUGCCUCUAAUCCCAGUUACUUGGGAGGCUGAAGCAGGAGAACUGCUGGAACCCAGGAGGUGGGGGAUGCAGGGAGCCAAGAUUGUGCUACUGCACUUCAAUCUGGGCAACAGAGUGAGACUCUCUCUCAAAAAAAAAAAGAAAAGAAAAAGAAAAAAGAAAAAAAAUAUUAAUGGGCUAGGGGCUAGGACAUGGGCCAAGAUAACAUGCUGCACAACAGAAAAAUCUACACUUUGACACCAUUGCGAAUUAUUUUACAUAUAUUAUUUCAUUUAAGCCUUAAAAAACUAAACAACUAGACAUUAUCCAACUCUUACACAAGUAUUGAAACUGAGUCUCAGAGAAGUUAAGUAACUUUCUUAAAAACACAGAGUUAAAAUGAUGUAGACUAUAUGCAUAUGGAAAUCUCUAACUUUGAAGUUCAUGUCAUUUCCAUUAUACAUUUAAGACCAUCUUCUAGAAUGUAAAGAAAAAAAGACAGAUUCAAAAUAGGAGUUAAGUAGCAACAUAGAUUAAAAUGCACAUUAUCCUUAAGCCAUUUAAUAACUGUUGUCAAAGAAUGACUAAAAUAUAGUUCAUGUUACUGGAAUGAUGUGUCCGUUCAGACGGAGGUGAUAAUCUGGAUCUAUACUGUGUUGGUCAGAGCGUUCCUGGAAUAAUGUUUGGGUGUGGCUGUCAUACUUUAAAGGUUACAGACAAAUGGGAAAUUCUUCCAGGGAAAGCAGCCAGGAUGACAAAAGUUCCCACAGAAUGUCCUAAGAGAAAUGGUUGCUGACUUUGGGGAUGUGUAACCUGGGAUGGGAGAAGGGAAGAGUCAGAAAAGGCUGACAGUCAUCUAGGCCGGAAAUCUCAGUCAUUCAAUAUGGCUCCAAAGGAAUAAACUAUGACUAUGGGACUGUCGUGCCCUGGGCAUUGUGGAGCACUGGGUGGAUGGAAGGUACCACUGGCCAGGGAGGGCCAGAAGCUGUGUCUGCACCAGCGACACUACAUCGAAAAGCUGGUGGAGGACACGGAGCCCUGGCCCAAAGAAAACCUGGAGAUCAUCUUCACACAGUCUGUGGAGACACUUGGAGUCCGGGGUGACCUGAUCUCAGUAAAGAAAUCUGUGGAUCGGAAUCAACUCCUUUCUCAGAGACUGGCUGCAUAUGCAUCACCUGAAAACAAGAAGCUGUUUGAAGAGGAGAAAUUGCUGAGACCAGGAGGAAAGUUAGAGAAGAUCCAGACCAAGGCAGGUGAGGCAACAGUGACAUUUCUGAAAAGCUGUCACCUGGAGGUAGGGAUGAAGAACAGUGUCAAACGGGAGCUGAACCCUGACACAGUUGCCUGCCACUUCUUCAAGAAUCUUGGUGGUGUGGUCACCCCCCAUAUAUUAAAAUUACCAGAAGAGCCCCUCACUCGGUGGGGCAAGUACUGUUGUGAGGUGACGGUAAAUGGGCUUGGUACUGUGAGGGUGCCUAUGUCUCUGGUAAACUUUGAGAGGCCCAAAAUCAAAAGAUAGAAGUACUGGUUAGCCCAGGAAGCUGCCAAGGGCAUGGCCCCACCAGCCCCUAGAGGAUCUAAACCUGUUCUCCUCCAAGGCAGCAAAGCAGAAUCAGAGGAGCAGUGGGACCCAAACAGGCAAGCACCCUGCUCUCACUCCAAGCUCUGACAAAAUAUGGAAUUUUAGAGAACAUAUGGAGACAUCAGACUGCCCUGCACAGACAUGUUGAAUUCCUUAUAUUUGCCAUCUUCAUCUUUAACUGUCAUCCCUGGGGCAGCCUUGUUCCAGAAGUACCAGGCUGUGGAUUUGAUAAGCUGGAUACAAUAGACUGAAACUAUCCAGAUCCUGUUUAGUUUCUUUUUCCAUUGGAGUUUACUGGGACAGGCACAGGAGCUAGACAUUGUCUCCAGUAUUUUCCUCAUUCUUAUCAUCUAAACUGAACAUUUGUAUCUCAAGCUGACAUAAAGAGAUUGUGUUCCUAAAAAAUAAUAAAUAAAUAAACUAUGACUAUGGGUAAAAGCUAAGU